AUGGACAAAGCAAUUGCUGACUUUGUUGGACCGGACAUGACGAUCGUAUUUCAAGACGGUAAGAUGAUAAUUUCGUAUCAGAGAAGUCUUCGAUAGGGCAAGCAGAAGGUUCGAAUUUAGAAGACUAUUUUGUAAGAUUUUUUUUCCGACCUUCAAACAAAAGAUCUUGGUGGUUUUUGAAAAGUUGAAGGCUAGAAAUCUUGCAUAUGUAUACGUCUUCGAAAUUAAAAAUAUUUUGUAAACUUGGACCAGCCUUCAGCCAGUUCUGUUUGCCCCAGUUGAAACACUUUGCCCUAUUUUUAUUAAGGACCAAAUCAUUCAGGGAAGUCACAACUACGGUAUAAUGGAGCCGACGAAUCUAUUCAAGAUUUUUCCACAACAUACAAGAAACCGUUCAACGAAUUAUAUGGCGAGUUACCUGGUGAACUUUUGCGCUACUACCGCAGCGACGUGGUAGCACAAAUAUUACCACUUCAACCUACGGAUUAUUCGGCUUUCAAUCGGCUCUUCUUUAAGCAGUACAAAGGCACCUCUGGAGUGUUGAUGGAGUUGCUCAAAGGCCAGUCACCGUCCACGAUUGGAGAGAAACUGCCAAGGUUCUAUUCCAACUCGUUGGAUUUGACACUCGAAGCUGUGGGUGCCUCGAUCAUGAGGUCACGUUUAGAGCACCAGAUCGACCGCGGCAUCCAAAAAUUUGGGUUUGCAGGUUCUUCACCAGGCCAAGAAGAACAUGAAAGGAUCGCUAACUCAAUAUAG